GAGGAAAGCCCUCAAAUCUCUCACUGCAGCCAGGGUUCUCAGUAAAGAGACAGGGAGCAGCACUUGUAAUCCUUCAGAUUUUCCCAGGAGAGGCUCUGUGGCUUCAGGUGGCACAAGAGGUCUGUGUAACCUCAUUGUAGUACAACAACUUCCAGCCAAGACCUGAUUUUGCAGGGAAUGAGAGUUCUGAGCAAUUGUGUGUGCAGUGAAAUGCUUCUCUGCAGCAAGCAAACUGAAAGGAAUUAGCUUCAACACUUUUGCUCUUUUUGUUAUCUGGGUGGAAGAAACAAUCAGGAUGGCUUCUACAAAUAAAAUAAAUUCUGCAGUGAGAAUUCAAAAUAUAUUUUGCCCUGAAGGUGGAGUCUGCAAGCACGGAUUCCUCGUCAAGUCACCACCUCAUCAACUUUUCAGCUCACAGAAUUCCUGGAAAAGGCGCCUGUUUGUCCUGUCCAAGUCCAGCACAGGGAAUUACAUCCUGAAAUAUCUAAAAGGCCAGCACAUAAAAGGCUCCAUUGCUGUUGAUCAAAUCAUAAGUAUUCAAGUUGGCAUAAGUAAUGCUGAAAUUAUGGAUACGGUGAGGAAGAUGUUUAAAUGCCUUCCUGAGCAGGUGAUGUCCAUCAUCACUGGAAACAGAUGUUACUACCUCAUUGGGGACAGCAGGCAGGAAAUAGACGACUGGGUCACUCUGGUAUCUUCAGUCUGCAGGGAGGACAAAAGUGGAUGCUGCCCUCAGAACCAAGAUCUUCCAAAUGCAGAAGUCAAAAGCCGGACUUCCUCUUUGCCACCAUCCUUGAAUUCCAUAGAUGUGGCCAGCCUUCCAGACAAACCAAGCUACCAGAAGGAGAAUGGUUCCUCAGAAGACAAGAACAGGCCUUAUUCAGAUCCUGGCCCCCAUCAGGCUCAGCGUGACUCACCAAGAGUUCUUCCAAGCCCGCAGGAUAAAAUUCUGGGAAGAAGUGAGGAAAACCUGCUGUUGUCAGAUCCAGAGGAAAACAUGAAAAAGAAUGAAGAAGAUUAUUACCAAACUCCCAGCAAUGUUUUAGCUAAGUGCACUACUGAAGUACCAAAGCCUGACCCUACAGCUGAGUCUAAUGUCCCUGUGCAAGAGGAGCCAGUGCAGAAGAACCCAGUAAAGGAGAACAUUUAUAUGUCAAUGAAAUCACUUAAGCUGCUGGAUGAGACAUGCCAGCCCGCAUGCAGACGUGAUGGGCUCCCAUCCCCUCCCAAAUGCCAGAACAACAGUGCAUGUCCAAGAGACUUGGAAGCAGACAAAGACACAAAAUUCCCAGAAAGCAGCACCAGCCUGCAGCCAGCCCUCCAGAAAAGGCAAAGCUCAGUACCCCUCUCAGUGGUUCACCUGUCUAUACUGCUCAGUCAAGUUACAGAUGAGAUGCAGGUGCAGAAAUUGGAUAUUUUCGUACCCCUGGCUGAUAUCAACAAUUACCUAAAGCUUACUGAAGCAGCAGGACGAAUAUGCAUCUCACAGUGGGCUGGUCCUCGCAGGCUGGGGUGUUUGUUUAACCACGGAGACCACGUGGUGGCUGUGAAUGAUCUGCAGCCCCAGGGUGUGGAGGAGGCUUACUUCUUCAUCAGCAGGUCCACGAGAAAGGAGGUGAAACUUACUGUAUGUAGGAUUCCACAUUCAGAUACCUUCCAUGCUAAAGGCUGCUCAUGUUCCUGAAAAAAAAAAAGACCUCAAUGAUUAAUGGUGUUCAAAGGCCUGUUUGUGCUGAAUUCUGCAUAAAUACAGAGGGAACUCCCAGUUCUGGAACUACAGAGGCUGAAAAUAUAAAACACAUUCCUUGGGAGCUCUUCUCCAAAGCUGCUGUGGGAGUCCCAUGCUCUGCACUGCUGCUUUGAGCACAGCAAAUCCAUUUCUGCCCAAGGAGCCCCGAGGGAUGGGAUGGCUGGCUGUCACCAUCCAGGGCUUCUUCCAGCCCUGAAACUCUGACAGUCUGCUAGGACAGUCCUCACGGCCUGAAUCCUAAAAUCAGAGAUCACCUACUUCAAGAGCAUCUACUGAGAAUUUCAUCCUCAGCCUUUCCUGGCCAAAGUUUGCCUCAGCUCUUCUGAACUUUGGAAAAGGAAAGUCCAAACUUUUCUGUGUUCCUCCAAGGCUCAAUCUCUGUAAAAUCAGGAAGUUAUUUUCUAAUAUUUAUCCUAGACAAAUUUUUCAGAAAAUUAACAUGACUUUUUUCUUGCCCUGUUUUCAGUGGGCAGAGGGAACAUUUGGAUUGCCACUGUCUGCACAGAAAUCUUCAUUGUGGAAGAUAUUUUUUCUAUUCUCCCUUCUCUUUUCCUUAGACCAAACAUCCUCCAUUCUUCCAUCAUUCUUUCAAAUGGAUCCUGAAAAUGGUAAUGCGAGACAAAUUCCUUGUGUUUCCAGUUAUGGAUGAACCAAGGAGGUGAGAAAUUGAAAUUUAAAGAAUUCAAUUCAAAUUGACUUCAAAGAAUUCAAAUUCUUUUUGAGUUUCAUCAGAAAGAAAUCCAAAGCCAUGAAGCAAUUUCCUAGAACUUUAGAGAAACAUUUCUCCAAAGAGGUGAAUUAGUGAGGAAGAUCCCCCAUGGUGGUGGGAGAGGAGCCACCUCCAUGGAACCUGCUGCUGAAGCAGAUGCUGAGCACUGCAUGCUGCACCUCUCAGCCAUGGAAGAAUGAUACUUUUGGACAAAACUAGCAUUUGGUUAGAUAUAGCACAGAAUAUAUACACAGAAUAAUUCCAGAAUGUUUUAGAGAACUGGGGGAUUACUUCUGUGCUUAAGUAAACAGUUACAGAUGUGUGACUCCAUAAUUGAUCAUUAUGUCAGUUUGCACAAUGCUAAAUGCAGAUAAUUAAUGUCACAUAUUGGCUGAUUCAUAACACUUACAGAGACACAAUAUGGAAAUUACAUUGGUACAGUAAAUUCUGGUAGGGUGUGCGAAGCUGUCUGCCCACAUAUGAUUAAUAAAUGUCCUAACACUUUACAACACAUUGUAUGCAGCAAAACACCUCAUUUUCUCCUAACAUGGCCCCUCCUUGCCCUGCAAAGAUUACCUGUAACUUCCCAGUGAUCUGCAGCUGAGUCACUUAACAGCCCAUUAAAAAAAAAAAUAAAUCUUCACUUAAAUAAAGAUGUAGGUUGUUUCCCUGGCUGUUAAUUUGUGGGACGUUCCUAUGCUGCUCUCACUCAUUAGUGGCUGCCAAUAUUUCCCCGUGGAUUCCCAAACUUGACUCAUGCUCUUUCUACUGCAGCAUCUAGCUAGGAAGAUGGCAAUUGCCCAGGAGAAAAGCAAGUCCUGGAAAAGAGAUAAAGUAAUGGUGAGGGAAGUCUCUGUAUUGAUGUGAGGUCAUUGAAGUCAAGAAAAAUAAAAAGCCCAUUGAACAGAAAGCACAAACCAGACCACACAAGCUCCACACUUCCUCCCAAGGGCAACACUGCUGAGAACUGGGCUUGGAGUCAUAAAGUGAUCAAGAGAGCACAGGUCCUGCAGGAGAAUGAGUCCAGCCAGGGAAGGUUAUCUGUGCAGUGCCCACCCUGAAGUGAGCCAGAGACAAGCUCUGUGAAAUGCUUAAUUCUCUUGUUAGAGGCCCUCCAGCCUGGGGGAUUGGAGGGAUAGCUAUAUAUGCAAUGGGGAUGUCUACAUAAAUACCUACAUAUUUAACAGGGAUAUCUAAGUAACAACCAGACAUACUUCAGUGUGGCUGGAAUUUCUGCAAAGGGAGGCAAAGAGGAGCAGCUGCAGUAAAGGAGAGUGAUGAUACCCUGCACACUGCAGAGAGAGUGGAUCAGUGGUGAGCUGAGGACACCAGGUGCUUAAUCUGUGUUUUGCCCCAGAUUUUCUGGUGACCUCAGGAGAGCCAUUUCCUCACACAUACUCAGUAACAUUCAAGGAGUGGUUUCAGACACAUUUGCAUCAUGCUGUCCCUUACCAUGAAUGUGCUCUCCAGCACCACAUUCAAUACUAGGAAUUGCUUUAUCUCCCAGAAAAUUCCUGGAAAAGCCUCCAUCAGACCUGUAUGUUACAGGUUUGAGGGUGGGUUCAUCGAUGCCCUGUGCUGUGGGGAGGUGCUGAUGUGCUGGUUCCAUGCCAAGGGAGAAGCCACCCUUGACGCUCUGCAGAAACUGGCUCACCUGAGUCCCUGCAGGCACUCUGUCCUGAGGGAACGUGGGGUGAUGUUCCCACUUCCCUGCAAGGACCUGGCUCACAUCAUCUGUGCUGCUCAUGGAAAUCUGCACCAGCAGGGACUGUGGAAAUCUUCCCAGUCACAUGGAUUCCUCCAGCAUUGCAGGCCCUUUAGGGGACACACUAAUAUUUACAAAGGUGUUUCCCUGCUGGUGCUCCCUUGGUCAGAGCAGGGGCUGGAAAGUGCAUGUCCUGAGUGUCUGCCUUGGGUCUCUGGAGAUGACAGGGUAAUCUGAGGUGCUCCAAGGGCUUUUUUGGUUUGUUUCUCAGGGAUGAACACUCCUUCCAUGUACAGGCCUCACCAUAGCCAGCCACUUCCCUCCUGCAGGCUGGCCAGCAAGUCACUGGGAGGAACAUGGAACAUGCCAGGCAGUUCCUAGAAAUGCCACUGGAAUUUUGAAUGCUCCUUUUGGCCCCUUACCACCUUCUAAAUUAUUGCAUCCCUUAAAGAAGUGGAGAAGCCAGACAAGGUUGAUACAAAUCUUUCAUUCAGGAAAAUCACUUUAAGUGAAGCCAUACCUUCCCUGUGAGGACCCUCAGUGACCAGGAGCCCCGUGCUUGCUGCUGACAGCUCCUUGGUGGCUCCAUCUAUCAGCAGGACCUGCACUUUGGGGGGCACCAGGCUGCUCUGGUGGCAGCAGGACUGGACUUGCCACAGCAGGUGUCUGGCCAUGUUCAGUUUUUCAUCCUGGGGUGGCUGAGUUGAUCUGUGCCUGGGAAUUUGUUUUGUUUAUAACCCAGCAGUGGAGGAUGAAGUUGAAGCAUUGGUGGGAGCACAGAGAGCAUGGCUAUCAGUGGUGCUAAUCUCCUUUUAAAAUGUUGGAUAUUUGUGAUGUUUAUCAGUAAGUGCAUCACUGAGCUUCAGCCUUUUUUAAAUUUUCUGCUUCUGUAAAUUUUCCCAAGAAAUCUGUUUCUGUCUGUGCCGAUAAAACACAGCAUAAAGCCAUGGUUUAUGCCUCAAGGCUGUUGGAAGGAUACUACCUCCUUCAGUGAUGAGGGUUGCACAAUUUUUUUUUUAAACAAGAUAAGCCAAUGUUUUUGAGUAGUUGCUCCUCAGCAGCAUCUACUGAUCAGUCACAUAUUCUACACCAGAACACUUUUUGCCAAAAUAAUCUCAUUUAUAUGCUAAAUGUCCUGAAACUAAGUGCCCUACAGGAAUUUUGGCCUUCUGUCCUCCAAUUUGCUCCUCUUCCAUUUUAUUCAAUGUCCAAAGUAAUUCUUCACAGAUGUCAUUUUGCUUCCAAGCAAUUGCCCUUGUGCUCCAGUUUCUAAGAAUAAAAGUGAAUUCUGGCAGUGUAACAUUUCUGAGAAAUCCCCAGUAGUAGAAAAGUAGCUGGGUGUAGAACAAAGAGGAAGGUAAACUCAGUCAUGAGGAACAACUAUAAACAGCAAGAGGGACUGUGGAUAGGAAAAAAAAAUAUGUCAAAGAUGGUAAAAGAGGAGCUCUCUGCUGUAAGUACAUUUUUGUUAUACUUGCUGUAUAUUAAAA